AUGAAGAUCCCGUCCGCUCUGCUCGCACUGGCCCUUGCCACCGUCGCCGCUGCCCAGAGUCCCAGUCUUCCUACAUGCGCUAAAGGCUGCGCCGACCAGUUUAUAUCCAACGGAAUUGGCAACUGCAACCUCGACGCGAAGUGCAUCUGCAGCGACAAGGACUUCAUAAGCAACAUAUCGUGCUGCGUGGCCGGCGCGUGCAAUCCAGCUGACCAGCAAAGCGCCGUGGCGUUUGCUGCGGGCGUAUAUUUGCAACGGGGUAGGCAUCACCGUGCCGACGACCGUAGCCUGCUCAACUACCAGCGCUCCGACGAGUACGAGUACCACGGCAGGUAA